AUGUGGGGUAAGCAUGGUAUCAAUAAGGUGUCUAUACUAGAAAAUGGGAUUGUAGUUGUUAGAUUUGACACGGCUGUGGGGAAGAAUGAAGUGAUUCAAGGAGGGAUUUACCACUUUGAUAACAAACCCUUUAUUGUCAAGGCAUGGGAUCCAGAAAUGGAAUUCACAAGAGAAGCACUGUACACUGUGCCAAUCUGGGUGAAACUACCAGGACUUGAAUUCAAGUAUUGGAGUCUAAAAGGACUAAGCAAGAUAGGCAGUCUAAUUGGGAAGCCAAUUAUGGUGGACCAGAACAUAGAAAAGAAGAAGGGAUUGAGCUUUGCAAGACUGUUGGUGGAAGUGGAUAUAGCUUCAAUGUUGCCAGAUAAAAUCUUCUUCAAGAAUGAGAGAGGUGAUCUGGUGGAACAACUAGUAAAGUAUGACUGGAAGCCCACUUUGUGUUCUUAUUGCCAAAAAUAUGGGCACAUGGAAGACCAAUGUAGGAAAAAGAAAGGGCAGGAGAAUAAUCAAAAAGUGGAUAUAGGGAAUGGAAAUCCACAAACUGAGGAAGUGCAGAAGGUUGCUACUCAGCAAGUGGUGGAAGUUACAGAAGCAACAGGGAGUGAGGGGCAUAAAACACAAAAUACAGGAAGGCAACAAGUGAAUCCAGAGGGAAAUCAACACAAGGAUCAACAAAGAGAUGGAGUCAAAGUAGCAGGAACUACUACAGGGGGUAUGAAUGCCCCUAACAAACAAAAAGAGGUCAAGUUCCUUUGUUCUCAGGAAAAUAUUGCGUUGGUUGGUUUUGUGGAAACAAAAAUAAAGGAAAACAUAAUUGAACAGGUAGCUAGUAGACUGUUUAGUGAUUGGGGGUUGAUAACUAACCUUGAUCAACACCUUAAUGAGAGAGUUUUGAUAACUUGGAGGCCUGAUUACUUCGAAGUUACACUAAAGAGUAGCACAGCUCAGGCAGUUACUUGUGAGGUUGUCCACACUGCCCUACAAACGACUUUUCUACUGACUGUAGUUUAUGCUUUUAAUACUAGGGAGGAGAGGAGGUCCUUAUGGAGUUAUUUGGAGAGUGUGCAUAGGGGAGUCACUCAACCAUGGGUGCUCAUGGGUGAUUUUAAUGCAGUUCUAAAUAUGGAUGAUAGAAUAGGUAGAUCACGAGUAAGUAUGGCUGAAGUAUAUGAGUUUCAUGAUUGUGUUGAAGCAUGUGGUCUAAUGGAACUUCCAGCUCAGGGAAGUGGGAACACAUGGAGUGUAAACAGGGGGAAAACUGAAAAUGCUAACAUGUUGAAAAAAUGGGAAGAAAACAUGGCCAAGGCAUUACAUGAAGGACCUUGGUUCAUUCUAGGGCACGUCUUAUCUGUAAGAAGAUGGGAACCUAAGUUUAUUGCCUCAAGCACUAAAAUACAAUUCUCAGCAAUAUGGACUCGCCUGCCAGAGCUCCCGACUGAAUUUUAUGACAUGGAUAUCUUAAGGAAAGUUGGUAACAAAAUUGGGCGUCUCCUUAAAGUGGAUACAUGUACUUCAUCCACCACAAGAGGAAGCUAUCAGUAA